UUUCCAACGAGACGAGCAGAGCAGCAGCAUGGUCGGGUCUUGUGUCUUCAAGGGCUGCGCUCAGCCCGCGGCCGUCGGUAGCAAGUGCGCCUUCCACCGGUACCGCGCCCAGUGCCGGGUCGAAGGAUGCGCCAACCAAGUCUACGCCCGGCGUCUCUGCGUGGGCCAUGGCGGCAAAGAGACGUGCGAGGUCGACGGCUGCGGGUCGCCCGCCCGCGCUGGCAAGCGCUGUAGCAAGCACUGCACAAAAGUACUCGGCAUCUGCGGCCACGACGGCUGCACGAACGCGGCGCGCGGCGCGAAGACCAAGUGCUUCGCCCACGCUGGCGCCACGCUCUGCGGCGUGGCCGGCUGCGGUGCGGCGGCGCGAGACCGUGGCGUGUGCUGGCCGCACCGCAACCGCGUCGUGGCUGCAGCGCCGCCACCUUCGAACCCUCUCUUCUCUGACUUUGAAUUGAUCCCACGAUUCUCCUCGACCCUCCAGAAGGAAGAAGGCGAGAAUGAGGCGAUGCUCUCGGUCGAGCUCAUGAUGGCGCUCGAGGUCUCGAUGGAGGAUCCAUGGGCAGACCGCAUGGACGAGGACAUCUUGGCGAUGGACUCGUUCUUGGACUUUGGCGGAUUCGUCUCGUUGGACUUGAUGGACGUAAGCUUGGCGCCGCUCGACAAUUGCACGACCCAAGGUACGACUGCCAUCGCGUUCGAGUGACGACUCCUCGAGGCCCGAUCCUAUCUCUUGAAGCCCCGUCCUCUCUCUUCCAGUAGCGCAUGCCGUUGCUCCACGCCCGUAUUUAUAACCCCCAGAAACACCACCACCUCGACCGCGCUGUACACAUCGUCUAUCGUCCCUUUGGCAUCUCGUA